CCCUCGCCUAAGCCGGUGACGUCACACUCGGCUCAGCCGGCGCCAUUUUGAAAGUGGAACCUUAGAGAGAGCGAGGGGGGGGGGGCUGGGUAAGGAGAGGAAGCCAAGAGCCGGGGAAGCCCUGUAAGGGAAGCCGCCUUACCCUGCCCCCCCCGGACGCGAUCCGCUGCCAUCCGUCCUCCACGCUCUAUUUUAGCUCGGCGCGGGGGUAGUAGCGGGAAGCCGAGAGGCCGCUUCAGCCAACCGGGCCACCAUUGGGAGCCCAACAUGGCAGGAGCCGGAGGUGGCGGGAAUGACAUUCAGUGGUGUUUUUCUCAGGUGAAAGGGGCUGUGGAUGACGAUGUAGCGGAAGUGAUUCACCGCAACCAUGCAAGCAUAGAAUUGGCCAUGGGAUGCAGAAUUCAAUAUACUGAUUAUCUCAACAUCCACGAGUUUGCCAUUUUAGAAUUCAGCAGGGAGGAGGAUGGGGGCAACACUAGAAUUCGUUGGCCCUGCCUGUCAUUGGCUCUGCCUCCACCUACUGUUGGCUCCCUGCCUUCCGCUCCACCAGGCCCAGUGGGCACCACCCACCACUGUCUGAGGGCAAUUGCCAUUCACUACAAAGAGCCAGCGGACAUAAUUUCUACAGUAGAGUUUAAUCAUUCUGGAGAAUUGCUAGCAACGGGAGACAAAGGUGGUAGAGUUGUUAUCUUUCAACAAGAGCAGGAGAACAAAACACAAUCUCACAGCAGAGGAGAAUACAAUGUUUACAGUACCUUUCAAAGCCAUGAACCAGAGUUUGACUACUUGAAAAGUUUAGAAAUUGAAGAAAAGAUCAACAAAAUUAGGUGGUUACCCCAGAAAAAUGCUGCUCAGUUUUUAUUGUCUACAAAUGAUAAAACUAUAAAACUAUGGAAAAUCAGUGAACGGGAUAAAAGACCAGAGGGCUAUAACUUGAAAGAAGAAGAUGGGCGGUAUAGGGACCCUACUACAGUCACAACAUUACGGGUACCAGUAUUCAGGCCCAUGGAUCUCAUGGUGGAAGCCAGUCCGCGAAGGAUAUUUGCCAAUGCUCACACAUAUCACAUCAACUCUAUCUCCAUCAAUAGUGAUUAUGAAACAUACCUGUCUGCAGAUGACCUACGGAUUAAUUUAUGGCACCUGGAAAUUACGGACAGAAGUUUUAAUAUUGUAGAUAUUAAGCCUGCCAACAUGGAAGAACUGACAGAGGUAAUAACAGCAGCAGAAUUCCAUCCGAACAGCUGUAACACAUUCGUAUACAGCAGCAGUAAAGGAACAAUCCGUCUCUGUGACAUGAGGGCAUCAGCACUCUGUGACAGGCAUUCAAAAUUGUUUGAAGAGCCAGAAGACCCUAGCAACCGAUCUUUUUUCUCCGAAAUCAUCUCUUCCAUAUCUGAUGUCAAAUUCAGCCAUAGUGGUCGAUAUAUGAUGACUAGAGAUUAUCUGUCCGUGAAAAUUUGGGAUUUAAAUAUGGAAAACAGACCUGUGGAAACGUACCAGGUACACGAAUACCUCAGAAGUAAACUUUGUUCACUGUAUGAAAAUGACUGCAUUUUUGACAAAUUUGAGUGCUGCUGGAAUGGAUCAGACAGUGUUGUCAUGACUGGCUCCUACAACAACUUCUUCAGAAUGUUUGAUAGGAGCACAAAGCGGGAUAUCACUUUAGAAGCAUCUCGGGAAAACAAUAAGCCCCGCACAGUUUUGAAACCCCGCAAAGUCUGUGCAAGCGGCAAACGAAAGAAGGACGAGAUUAGCGUCGACAGCCUAGAUUUCAACAAGAAAAUCCUCCACACAGCCUGGCAUCCCAAGGAAAACAUCAUUGCUGUAGCCACUACAAACAACUUGUAUAUAUUUCAAGACAAAGUGAAUUAGAGCUAGUAUUCCUAGCAGAGGAGUCCAUGUCCUGCAUAGUUCAGAUAGAAGAGUCUAGCAUUUGUACCCGUAAACAAUAGAGGGGAGAAAACGGGGAGUGAGAGAGAGAGUUCCAUUGUGGCGCACCUUUCCCAGUGUUUAAAAAUGUGCCAUAUUGACAACAUGCUCUUCUAGAUAGCUACAUGGAUGGUUUCUCUCUGCUGGGGAGUUCUCCAUGUCUUCUAGUCAUUUAGGUAAGGCUAGGGCACUUUUUAACGUAACGACUACUUGCACCAUCUUGCCUAAUGGACUAGAGGUUGGACUAUUAUCAACAUUCGGUUCCUCCAGGUUUUUUUAUGCCUUCCAUUGUGAUAAUGUCAGCCAUGGGGGGAAAGCCUUCAAGUCAUGCUGUGGGAUUUAAUUGUGUAACCUCAUUACUGUAUUAUUUGUGGCCCUUUUUUAUUAUUAAAUAACAGCUCAUUCUUGCUGUGGCUUGUAGCAUUCCUCCUAUGCCUCCUGGACUCCUUUCCCCUUUUAACCCCUCCCUCCCAGCCCCAUGGUGGUGGUGUAUAGAGAAAUAAAAAGCACACGAAAUGGGUCGGUGGUCAAAGGGGUCUGUGUUGCAAAGAAAAAAAUGUUUUAAUAAAUUGUUGACUGUAAUCACUCCUUGCCACAUCUGGCAUUAAAAAUGAAUGAAAAAACUUAAGGGGGAAAUAAUUCUACUGAAUAAAAGUGACAAAGAAUGGUGAA